GCACACAGUGCAUUCCCCACCCCACCCAGUUUCCUCCUCUCUGCGCUCACUGCUGCUGGGAUCCAUCUGUCCCACUGACGGCCUCUAACGGCUCUUUGGAUUACACACCAACUAACCAACCUCCAGUCUGGUCGGCUCCUGGCAGCGCCUGGGUUAAACUGCAAAAACAUGGCCCCCAUCAGCAGCAGCACACACGGCCUGGACAGAGUGGAUGACUGCGGUGGGGUCAGACCUGACAGAAAGAUAAGAAAACCUCUGGUUGAGAAGAAAAGAAGGGCUCGCAUCAAUGAAAGUUUACAAGAACUCAGAGUCCUUAUCGCCGACGAAGACUUACAGUCAAAGAUGGAGAAUGCCGAAGUGCUGGAGAUGACAGUGAAACGAGUGGAAGGCAUUCUUCAAAGGCGUGCUCAAGAAGCAGACGCUGUACACCGGGAGGCCUGUGAGCGUUUUGCUGCCGGAUACAUCCAGUGUAUGCACGACGUCCACACAUUUGUGUCCAACUGCCCGGGGAUUGACCCAACAGUGGCAGCGGAGCUGUUGAAGCACCUUCUGGAAAGUAUGCCACUUAACAACAACGAGUACCACCGAGUGAUGCUCCCGGACAUCGUAGAGGACAGCCCUGGCUAUAGCAGCACUUGGUCCCUGUCUGAGAGCAUUCACACAGCCCUGGUGUCCCCGGCACCCUCCACCACCUCCAGCGACGACCUCUGCUCUGACCUGGAUGAGACCGACUCAGAGCAAAGCCAGGUUUCUUCUGAGGAGGAGGCAGACGGUCAAGAAGUGUUGCCCUGCCUAACUUGCUCUAAAGCUCUGUGGAGACCAUGGUAGACAAUUUAAGGUGGAAUAGGAGUUUUGUUUUGUUUUUUUGUCGAAACAAUAGCUUGGGUUAGAAAUAGGCCAACACUGCCUGAAUGGACAUCAGAUAAACUCCUCGUAAAGAUAUUCUAAUAUAUCUUUACAGAGCUUAGUGACCUUGUUUGGGCCUGCUGACUUAUGUAAAUAUGUACUUGUUCAAUAUAACUGCUGUAUAGAAAGUAGACCCCCACCAGAAAUGCACUGAUAUGAGUGUGUGUAAAUUAUUUCCUAAUUAGGAUCUGUUGAAAAUUCUAUUUAUACAUGUCAGUUGACUGUUAGUAGGCUACCUCAUCUAAGUUAAGCUAAAACUUUUUAAUAAAUAU